AUGGAUGAGCUGUUAUCUAGGGCUGGAAGCCAAGCGGUAUCCUUUGCCAUUAAGUCUAGCGUUUCACUAGCGUCAACUUACGCCAUCAAACAAUUUACGAAGUUUCUUACGGGAGUACCCCAGCAGGAUGCUUCUAGACUACAAAAGCUGCGUAGACAGCUGGAAACUCGUAUUGAUAUCAUCAAUAAUGCAAUUGUGCUCAUUAAACUGUGCGUGGUGAGAGGCAAUACAAAUCUCAAAUCUACAUUGUCCUUAAUACUGGAUUUAAAAGACGAAUUAGCAGAAUUCAAUGGGGACAUGGAAAUGUUGAGUUCGGCCUCGGUCGCAGGUAAACUCCCCGCAUCUAAAAAUGGGAAAGCUGGCGUGGAUGCAGUGAGUUUAAUGGAGGCGAAGAUGAGUGAACUAAUACAUCGAAUCGAAUUGGUCAUACCGCUUAUUAAUCUCUCCAUGACAACCUCUGGGGUCAGUUCAUCAAUGAAGCUACCUAGCAAUGUUUCUCCUAGCCUCUUGCUUCAAGCGUCCAAUUAUGUGGUCAAAUCUAAUGAACAAGCAUUAGCAGACAAUUAUGAGAAGGAUGUGCAGGUAGGGCCUCUCUUCUCCGUCACCGUUUAUGAUAUUUUUGAUAAAUCAUCAAAAAUCAUCUGGAAGGAGACUAUGGCUCGUUGCGAUCUGCGAAUUGUUCGGAUUUCUUCAAAUAUCCCGGACCGGGGUGUGGAGUACAACUAUCACCUGGAAUUGAAGGAGAACUUUGAUGAUGAUCGGUAUCAUGAUAUCAAAGAAGACAAACCAAGGAAACUACACUGGAACGUAGAGCAAAUAACGCGGCUCUUUUUCACCAUGUCCGGUAAGUUACUUAACUUGGAAGAACGCGAUUCACCAGUGCUGGUAUUGAAGUUAGUUAAAAGUUUGGGAGGCGAAUCAGGCGAAUCAAACGAGAGCCUACAUUGGCUUGCAGUGGGUGAAUAUGAGCCUGCAUCGGAUCUUCGAGACAGUGAUGACGACAUACCUAGUCCGGCUAACGCCGAUGCAGAGGCCCCCGGGCAAGAUUCUGAUAACGAGGAUUCCUACGACAGCGCACAGGAAGACGGUACUGAACUAGAAAUCAGUUCGUCUUUGUCUCUCUUGGAGUACAUCAUUAAGCUAACCUCACUACAAAAUCAUGACCAGGCUUCUAUAUUAGACGUAAAAGACGAAAGGCUAUCAUUAUAUUUAAAUGACGAAAAUCCAAACUCCGUCAAGAGACAGCCGGUUGUCGAAGACGUAACAGCCAAGUUCAGUAAAAUUUCCAUGAAAGACGAGCUUCCUGUAAACAAAGCAUGA